AUGUGUUCAUCUGCAAACACCGUGGAGAGUACCCAGGGAUCUCCCAAGAAAAGAUUUGGAGGCCUCAAGCCCAUGACCACUCUAACCAUCUCCUACAUGGGAUGUGCUGCACAGCUCUUUUUCUUUGCCUUCUUCAUCUCAGCAGAGUAUUUCCUCCUCACCAUCAUGUGCUACGACCGCUACGUUGCCAUCUGCAAACCCCUGCACUACGGGACCCUCCUGGGCAGCAGAGCUUGUGCCCACAUGGCAGCAGCUGCCUGGGCCACUGGGUUUCUCAAUUCUCUGCUGCACACAGUCAGUACAUUUUCCCUGCCCCUGUGCCAGGGCAAUGCCCUGGGCCAGUUCUUCUGUGAAAUCCCUGCCAUCCUCAAGCUCUCCUGCUCACACUCAGGCUACCUCAGGGAACUUGGGCUCAUUGUGGUUAGUGCCUAUUUAGUGUUCUGUUGUUCCAUUUUCAUUGUUUUCUCCUAUGUGCAGAUCUUCAGGGCUGUGCUGAGGAUCCCCUCUCAGCAGGGACGGCACAAAGCCUUUUCCACGUGCCUCCCUCACCUGGCCGUGGUCUCCCUGUUCCUCAGCACUGGUAUGUUCGCCUACCUGAAGCCCCCCUCGUCCUCAUCCCCAUCCCUGGAUCUGGCACUAUCAGUUCUGUACUCAGUGGUUCCUCCAGCACUGAACCCCUUCAUCUACAGCCUGAGGAACCAGGAGCUCAAGGAUGCCCUGAAGUCCCUGGGGAGGCUUUGGCAGUGCCUGCCCUCAGUGGGGCCCAGCAAUGCUUCAAGGCACUUGGACUUUGGCUUCUGACUUCUUCAGCAGCU